GAAACGUAGAGUGAAACGGGCGGACAAACGCGCUGGCGUUUACCUGGGGAAAAACGGGACGAGAAUCAUGGUAUCAUCGGUAUCAUUACGCGAGGGCAGACGCUCCCACACAACCGCCCGUGCCUCGAGCCCUCAACUUGGCCAGUACUUAUGGGGCAGCGGAGCAACACUGCUGCUCGGGAACAAACGCGCAUAUGUUUUCGAUUCUUCUCAAACAAAUGAAACAGCCGCGACAGAGUUGCAGCGCCCAGUUAACUUUGUCGCCGUAUACCCAUGCCUCCGUGUUCGGUGGAGCGUAUCAUCUGCAUUCCAUGUACGGUGAACCUUUGGUGGCUCUGGUGCGCGUGCCAUGCAGCAUCAAAUUAACCAAAACUGGACAAUUUGUUUUUUAAUAGCUUUUUAGCGAAACGGAUUAUCGAAACGGCACGUAUCCCUCCGGUAUUGCCGGGACAACAAGAAAGCCUCGUCUCCCUGGGACUGCCCUUCAAUCCUUCAAUCCUCCGCCUGGUUCAACCACAGUGUGGCUUCAACCACUCCAACAUUCCCGUACCCGCCCGUACUUCUGCAGUUGUCACGUGACUUCGAUCAGUUUGAAGCAUAAUCAAAGCGCGAAGUUCUAAUGUGUCACAUGGCAGCCGCGUGACACACUAGGAACAUAGUAUUGGUGCGAGAUGCUCUAGAGCUUCGGCCCACAGUCAAGGGAACACUUGUCCAACACGGCUCUGGUCCAACUUGCUCGCUACAUCCAUCGACAAGGUGCCAAGAGGAGCUGCCGCUGGUGCCGCCACACAGUCAGUACAGCGGCACAGAGAAAAAUACGCGGUCCGAUACGCGAGUUGAGUUGCGCACGCGUGGAGAGUCCAGAGGAAGAGUCCACAUGGAACAUCGGACGUCUUGUACCCCGUUCCAUACUCCCGCGUAGCACGUGGCCGUCCCUAGGCGAUCCCAGGGCUCGACGCGCUUCGCACGUGCUAAUGAAUGGCAGGGUGCACGGGCUCCUGUUCGGGCACUCCAUCCGAAAGUGCGCGGGACGGCUCAGCGUCGGCACGAUGGACAGCUUCCUGCCGGCCAACCCGUUCAUCAAGCAACCGCAAGUCGAAGAGCAGCUCUUGGCGGAACUGCGGGCUUCCUGCGGCCAAGACGAUGCCAGCGGUGCCGACGAGCGUUGGAGGCAGCUCCGGCGGUGGCUGAGCCGGCCGCCGCUGUACACCACGGUGCGUGUGAACACCCGAAGGACGAGCGUCGGACAAGCCCGGGUCGCCGUGCAAGAGCACCUCGGCACGAGUCACGUGCGGUUGGGAGAGGCCCCCCUGGUGCUGCUCCACCCGUGCCUGGACGAGCUGCUGCUCGUGGUGAGCCGCCAGUGCAGAGCGCAUGUGGUGCCGUCCUCGAGGGAAGUGGUGGUGGACGCAGACUGCGGCCAGGCCGUGCUGCGGGGGGCUCACGUCUUCGUGCCCGGCGUCCUCGGCGCUCCCAAAGGACUGGAGGCCGGCGAGCGGGUGGCGGUGUUUGCCGACCUGGAGGGCUCCUGCCUUCGGGGCUAUGCCCGGCCCUACCGGGGAGAGAGGGCCUUCCUGGGCAAUGGCACCGCCCUCGUCUCCAGGAGGGACAUCUUCGUCUCCCAGCUGGCCAGGGGCGUGGCGGUGCGCAUGACGGAGCCCCUGUUUGGCUGCCCCCCGCUCAACGGCCUGAUGACCGAAACCCUGCUGCUGCAGAACCUGCCCUCCGUCUUGUGUGGCCGGGCACUGGGCCCCCGGCCGGGAGAGAGCGUCCUGGACAUGUGCGCCGCUCCAGGGGGAAAAACCACCCACCUGGCCACGCUCAUGGACGACACGGGACUGUUGGUGGCCCUGGACCGUGCAGAGAGCCGGCUCUCCAGGGUGAGGGCCCUCUGCGACCUGUGGGGGCUGUCCUGCGUGCGGGCACACGCGCACGACGCCAACGACUACCAAGGCCUGCGUGCCACCGCGCAGGACCUCCCGGAGCGCUUUGAUCGAGUGCUGCUGGACGCGCCCUGCAGCGGCUUGGGCCAGCGCCCCCUGCUGGUGUGCCGCCAGACGGCCGGCCAGCUGCGCUCUUACCCGCCCCAGCAGAGGGCCCUCCUCGACAGCGCUGUGCGGCUCCUCAAGGCUGGGGGAACGCUGGUUUACAGCACGUGCACGCUGACCACUGCCGAGAAUGAGGCCAUUGUUGCCUGGGCUUUGGCGCGGUUUCCUGAGCUGCGUCUCGUUCCCCAGGAGCCCCACCUGGGUGGUGUGGGUCGGGCUGGAGCGGGCCUGGACGACGACCAGCGGCGCCUCGUCCAGAGGUUCGAAGGUCAGCAAGUGUGGCCGGAGAGCCAGGACUACAACGGGGACACCAUAGGCUUCUUCAUUGCCUGCUUCAGGAAGGCCGAGUAGGAGCCGGGCUUUUCUCACUGCACUGCAGUUCCAAGACGUCAUAGAGGAGCUUGGGGAACAUAUGGCAGGAACUGCAUAUUAAAGGGAUGCCUUAUUCCAUUGGA